ACCUUGAAAUCAGUGAUUUUUGUUAUUGUUUGAAUUGGGUGGGUCUCGAGAUCUCGAAUUUGAAACUGGUUCAUUCAAAACCGGACAUUUUCACAACCCUGAAAUUGAUGGUUUACGAAAACCGGAACUUGGUGGAAUGAGACUCUGUGAAUCUCUUUUUUUUUUUUCUUCUGCAAUUCGCGUAAAAAGCUUUGUUUUUGGUUUGAAGUUGCAGAGAGUGAAAGCGAGAGAACCAAUGGAAUCAAUGUCGCCAAUCUCGUGCCCAACGACUCCUCGUUGGAACCAAGACAGGCCAUUUCUCACUGGUCGCUUCCACCAGGAAACGAGGCCAAGCUCCAAACUUGCUGAUUCUAAGAGGUCCUCUAGCAGUUCUGGAGUAGAUCAGGCAAUUGGCUGCUAUGACACAGCGCUUCAGGAACUUAUUGUCAUUGAUGAUCUCUUGUCUGCUUUGGUUGGAAUUGAAGGGAGAUAUAUAUCAAUUGAACGAUUCCAUGGGAAGGAGGAUAGUAUAGCUUUCCAAGUUGAUCGAUCAAUGGAGUUGGCACUACAGGAAUUGGCAAAAAGAAUAUUCCCUUUAUGUGAAUAUUAUCUGCUGAUUGACCAAUUUGUGGAGUCAAGUUCACAGUUCAAGAACGGGCUAGUUAACCAUGCAUUCGCAGCUGCACUCAGGGCACUCCUCCUUGAUUAUCAAGCCAUGGUGGCACAAUUGGAACAUCAAUUUCGACUUGAAAGACUUUCUAUCCAAGGAUUAUGGUUUUACUGUCAGCCCAUGAUGGGAUCCAUGCGCGCAUUGGCUGCAGUAGUUCAGCAGGCCUCGACGAAGCAUUUUGUGGGUUCUGGUGUUCUCAAUCUCUUGCAGAGUCAGGCUAAAGCGAUGGCUGGUGAUAAUUCAGUAAGGUCAUUGUUAGAGAAAAUGACGGAGUGUGCAAGCAAUGCAUACCUGAGCAUAUUGGAAAGGUGGGUCUACGAAGGGAUCAUUGAAGAUCCGUAUGGGGAGUUUUUCAUUGCCGAGAACAGGUCACUUAAAAAGGAGAGCCUCAGUCAGGACUCUACAGCUAAAUAUUGGAGCCAAAGAUACAGCCUCAAGGAUACCAUCCCUGGCUUCCUUGCAAACAUUGCUGCAACAAUAUUGACCACAGGGAAAUAUCUAAACGUUAUGAGAGAAUGUGGGCACAAUGUUCAGGUUCCUCUUUCAGAGAGAUCUAAGUUAACAAUAUUUGGUUCAAAUCAUCAUUAUCUUGAAUGCAUAAAGGCUGCUCACGAAUUCGCCAGUAUAGAGCUUGUGAAUCUCAUCAAGGAUAAGUAUGACCUCGUAGGAAGGCUUCGAUCUAUAAAGCACUAUCUUCUUCUCGACCAGGGUGAUUUCUUGGUUCAUUUUAUGGACAUUGCUCGAGAGGAGCUCAACAAAAAAGUGCAUGAAGUAUCUGUUGAAAAGUUGCAGUCUUUGCUAGAUCUUGCUCUACGUACCACAGCGGCUGCAGCAGAUCCUUGCCACGAAGACUUGACUUGUUGUGUGGAUCGAGCUUCAUUGCUUACGACUUUGGGAAUGCACAAGGACUCUGAUAGCAAUAGUAUAGAGGACCCAGUGAGCAUCACUGGUCUAGAGACAUUUUCCUUGAGCUAUAAGGUUCAGUGGCCACUAUCUAUUGUCAUCUCAAAGAAAGCACUGUCAAAGUACCAGUUGAUUUUCCGCUUUCUUUUUCAUUGCAAACAUGUGGAACGCCAGCUUUGUGGUGCUUGGCAGAUACAUCAAGGGAUUCGGUCUAUGAACUCUAAGGGUACAGCAAUUCCUAGAUCAUCGCUUCUCUGCCGUAGUAUGCUUAAAUUCAUCAGUAGCCUUCUACAUUAUCUUACAUUCGAGGUUCUUGAACCAAAUUGGCAUGUGAUGCAUGAUAGACUACAAUCCACAAGGAGUGUAGAUGAGGUGAUACAACAUCAUGAAUUCUUUCUUGAUAAAUGUCUGAGAGGAUGCUUGCUUCUUUUACCUGAUGUCCUUAAGAAAAUGGAGAAGUUGAAAUCAGUGUGUCUACAAUAUGCUGCAGCUACACAGUGGCUGAUAUCAUCAUCUAUCGACAUCAAUAGCCAGUCUCAUCCACAGAAGACAAUGAUAAGAGAUACAAUCGUCACAGAAUCCAUAUUCAAUUUCGAAAGGGAAUUCAACACGGAGUUGCAGAGCUUAGGACCAGUCUUGAGCAAAGGCUCCCAGGCUGAGCCAUACUUGACUCAUCUCUCCCAGUGGAUCCUCGGUGUUUCAAAAGAAUGAGAGUGAGACUUUUACUAAACAAACUCAGGCAACUCAAUUAUUUCUUAAUGUUAUCAACUGAUAUUCAGCUUGAAGUUGUAAUGAGAUAUGUGAGGGUGUUUAGUCGUGUUGUUAUUUAUUUUGUGAAUUUCCACGAUAGAAGAAAAAGACUCAGGCUAUCUCUGUUACAGUUUGCUAUCAAGAUUUGUGUGGUUUCACUGCAAGUAUACUCUUUGGGAAAGUAUAUGUGAAUCUCUUACUCU